AUUUUCACCAGCAUAACUUGCCCUAAAAUGAGAUCGAAGAAGGACACGUAAUCUCCCAAAUUCCGUUCCGUAUUUCUCCCAUCGAAGCCCCUCUCUCUCUUUCUCCCGCUCUCCGUAUCCUCGCUUUCUUUCGUUAUUGUUCGCUGGGGUUUUCUUGGAUUUCCGGCGAUCAGAUCGGGAUCGGAAGGGCCUCCGAUCGCCGGAUCCGAUCUAAUCCGGCCGGGUUCGGGCGGAAUUUGUUGGCAUUUUGGGUGAUCCGUUCGCGUCGGUGGUGAAUUCUCGCCGGCAACGAUGUUCCUUAUAGACUGGUUCUACGGCGUCCUCGCCUCGUUGGGACUGUGGCAGAAAGAGGCCAAGAUCUUGUUCCUGGGCCUCGAUAAUGCCGGAAAGACGACGCUUCUCCAUAUGCUCAAGGACGAGAGACUGGUCCAGCAUCAGCCGACCCAGUAUCCGACUUCAGAGGAGCUGAGCAUCGGGAAGAUCAAGUUCAAGGCCUUCGAUCUUGGGGGUCAUCAGAUCGCUCGCCGUGUCUGGAAGGAUUACUACGCCAAG